GUUUUUCCUGGCAACAUGGCGGAGCGCCCGGGGAAGCGUCCCUGUGGCCCGGGUGAACACGGCCAAAGGGUUGAAUGGCGAAAAUGGAAGCAGCAGAAGAAAGAGGAGAAAAAAAAGUGGAAGGACCUCAAGAUAAUGAAAAAACUGGAGCGGCAGCGUGCCCAAGAGGAACAGGCUAAGCGCCAAGAGGAGGAGGAAGAGGCGGCUGCCCAGAGGAGCAACCAAGGACGGCCUUACACUCUGAGUGUGGCCCUGCCAGGCUCCAUCCUGGACAACGCCCAGUCACCUGAACUCCGCACCUACCUGGCUGGCCAGAUCGCCAGAGCCUGCGCCAUCUUCUGUGUGGAUGAGAUUGUGGUGUUCGAUGAGGAGGGCCAGGAUACCAAGAGUGUGGAGGGAGAAUUCAGGGGUGUCGGCAAGAAGGGGCAGGCAUGCGUCCAGCUGGCCCGCAUCCUGCAGUACCUGGAGUGUCCACAGUAUCUGAGGAAGGCGUUCUUCCCCAAGCACCAGGAUCUGCAGUUUGCAGGAAUCCUCAACCCUUUGGACAGCCCUCACCACAUGCGUCAGGAUGAAGAAUCUGAGUUCAGAGAAGGCGUUGUGGUGGACCGGCCCACCAAGGCUGGCCACGGCUCUUUGGUCAACUGUGGAAUGAAGAAGGAAGUGAAGAUUGAUAAGAAACUGGACCCUGGCCUUCGGGUGACCGUGCGACUGAACCAGCAGCAGCUCCCAGGUAUUGGGGCUACCUUGACCCUGACAGCUGCCCCUUAGAGCCGCCUCCUCCCUCCCGGCCUCCUUGGUUUUCACAGCCUGUCCUAUUCUCCAGAGUGCAAGACGUACAAAGGAACAGUCGUGUCGUCACAGGACCCCCGCACCAAAGCCGGUCUCUACUGGGGCUACACUGUCCGGCUGGCCUCCUGCCUCAGCGCUGUGUUUGCCGAGGCUCCCUUCCAGGAUGGGUAUGACCUGACCAUUGGGACAUCAGAACGUGGCUCCAGCGUGGCCUCUGCCCAGCUGCCCAACUUCAGGCAUGCUCUUGUGGUGUUCGGAGGCCUCCAAGGGCUAGAAGCUGGAGUGGAUGCUGACCCGAACCUUGAAGUGGCUGACCCCAGUGUCCUCUUCGACUUUUAUGUCAACACAUGCCCUAGCCAGGGCAGUCGUACCAUCCGCACCGAGGAGGCCAUACUCAUCUCACUGGCCGCUCUGCAGCCUGGCCUCACCCAGGGAGGGGCGCGACCCACCUGACACCCUCUGGAUCCAGGAUGUAGAGGAAGCAGCAAGACAUGGAGGAUCACAGGGAGUAGAGAUGGUCAAGACUUCUCUCCAAGAAUAACUGCCUUUAAUGCGAGCCGUCUCCCAGAGUCUUGAGUGAGUCCUGCUCCAUCACUUGCUACCAGCAGUGAUGGCCUUGAGGUUUCCAGCUCGAGCCAGAAUAUUGGGCACGAAGAGCAAUCCCGAGGCCCGCUCGAUGCUCUCGAUGGGCACUAGGAAGCGCUCCAAAGGGAGAGUCUCAUCCACGGGGGCAUUGGGCAUCACAUAGGAACGCAGCUCGAUUUGCCCACUGGCUGCCUCCAGGAUCAACACCUUGAAGAAGUGUGUGGGCACUGCCACGUGGUUCUUCCCAAUAACCUGGUACUUCACGUAGGACUUCCCAUCAGCCUCGGUCCUGUGGAUAGACCCAGGCACAGGUGGCCAAGAGGCCUGGUUAGAUUCCAGGUCACCUCUUCCAGGAAGCCUCCUCUGACCUAACUUCCAACAAGAAGUUUGUUUGUGCCUGA